UGUCAGCUCCCGAUGACAGCAGUGGCUCCCGUACGCGUCCAUCCGAGUCGUUACUCAGCUUAAAGCGUGCGAUUGUACAGAGCUACAGGCCCGAUCCAGCUCAGGAACAAAUCUGUACGGAGCUCCUCGCGAGCCUGAGCUUGGACGAGGUGCCGAGCGAGGUCAUGAAUCCUGCUAUGGAUGAUGCUCUACGGCAGGUGGAGGAGUACGUGCUACGGGCCAAUGCGUUGAUGACCAUACUGCGGACCCUGCGAAACUCUGCAGUCCAUAUCAACCGCGUCCCAACCGAGCUUCUCGCUGAAAUAUUUUGGCACGCAACCCCACCGUCAUCCGAUCGUCGUACGGAUAUCGUUCAGCUCAACUGUGUAACCCAUGUUUGUAUGCAUUGGCGUACGGUAGCUCUUGACGCCGCCAGGCUUUGGGGAGCGUUGUGGAUUGCCCGCCAGAGCGACGUUGAUGCAUCUGACGACGAGCCUCCGAGCCGCAUCGAAGAAUAUCUACGCCGAUCAAAAUCACAUCCUCUUGAUGUCACUAUCAAGGCUCGCACGAACCUCAGGGCCACCGGUGUGGACAGCUGUAUCGAGGUUCUCCGGCCUCACCAGCAUCGUAUGCGGGAAUUGCAUGUCAUCACGCAUCACUACGACAUCAUGCAAUCUGUCCUGUCCUCGCAUUUGGCUGCCACACGGCUGGAGGAGCUCAGGCUGGAGAGUGGGGAUCCCCGGCUUGCGUUGGGGACACUCCAGCCACAGGGUCUCUUCGGUGGACAUUCCCCUCCUUUGCACUCCAUCCACCUCUCAUCUGUGUCCGUGUCACUCAAUGACGAGUGUCACAUCCUGCGAAACCUGCAGCACCUCAUCCUCCUGGGGCAGCGCAUCCCAAUCACCGAGAUGGACACUUUGUUCGACAUCCUAGACCAUUGUCCUGACCUCAAGACCCUGAAGCUUCACAGUCACCCGGCAUUGCCACGUUUGCCUGCACCUCAGCCCCCUGCCCAUACGGACAGGGAUGUGUUGCUGCCCUCUCUACAGGUUGUAGACAUAGAGUGGCAGCAGCCCAUGGUUGCUGGCUGGCUCCUUGAACACCUUUGCCUCCCUGAGACUGCCAAUGUGACAGUGUAUCUCCCCCACCCCGAGUAUAUGUCUAAUCGUGCCGCCAUUCGAACGGGCCUUUCCUCCAUGCGCACCCUGUGGAUACCUCCUACUAGUUACAUCGACUCGGACCACAGGAUGAUUCUCUCGGGGUUCACAGAUUCCAUAGAAAGCUUGUUUGAAACCGAGUUCUCGCGACCCACAGGGCCCGCGUUGAGUAUAAGUGUGGAGUGGCACAUGGAGCUCGAGGAGGAAGCACCGGAUCCCCUCAUUCGUUUUAUUCAAACAAAGGACGCCUCUCAGUUCAGCGCCGUCCACACACUGAUCAUUGACCACGGACUCUACCAAGACUUUCACCAACCUGAUCAUUGGGCUAGCCUCUUCGAAGUCGUGCCUGGGCUGCGGACGCUGCAUCUCCGCGGGGUCAACAAAAGCCUGUCCUCAUCCUUUGCCGCUCUCUGCGCGUCAGACAUAGCACACGGUCAAAGUGCGAUAUCUGUGCGGCCCCGCCUGGCUGCGCUGCAAACCUUGGAGAUAAAAGUCAUGUGGGGCGAGUGGGAACUUGAAGAGGACACGAGGGCUGCGUUGACGAGAGCCGUGCGGCUCAUGAGCAUGGACGGUGCGCUACAAACCCUGCGGUUGGCCGUAUCAUCGGGUCGGGUGCAUGAGGUAUUGGAUGUGGAGCUUUUGCGACAGUUCUGCACUGUAGAGAUCACAGUAGUAGACUCAGGCAGGGAUUGA